UUUUCCUUUAAUGCAAUGUUGCUUAUUUUGGUAAUUAUCCACUCUUUUGGAACAGCUCAAAGCUUAGGAAAUGAAUUUGCGUCAUCUUUUUUCGAGAUAGAGAAAGUUUUUCAGUUUCCCAAAAAUGACCCUUCACUUUUUUUAAUACAAGCAAGUUCAGUGAUUUCAUGCAGUUUUAAUUGUCAGAAAUUAGAAUUGCCAUCGUUUUACUAUUUUGAAAAUAAUGCAACAUGUUUCUGCUGUUCCGGUCAUGACAAUAACACUGGUGAGGAGGGGCAGACUGACAAUGAAAUUAUCCAUGGGAAAAGAACAGAAACGGUGUCAACAACGUAUACUCAAGAGGGCAGUUUAAAGCAACCAGAGCCAGUUGACUGCCUUGAGCUUUUAGAACAAGGCUAUACCGAGGACGGUAUUUAUGUGAUUAAACCAACCGGAAGUACUGCUACUGAUGUGUGGUGUGAUAUGACCAAUGGUGGAUGGACGGUUAUACAACGCCGGCAAGACGGAACGGAAGAUUUCUACAGAAAUUGGGAAGAUUAUAAAAAUGGAUUUGGGAACAUGAGUGGCGAAUAUUGGCUCGGACUUGAAAAUAUUCAUCAUUUGACACGAAACGACAGUUCUCUAUACAUAUACAUGGAAACAUUCCCAAAUGACAAUAAGAAUCCGUUUUCUGCUUUUGCUGAAUACUCCACCUUCAAGAUUAAUGACGAGAGUGAUAAAUACAGAUUGACAGUUGCAGGUUAUCGCGGCUCGUGUUAUGAUUCCAUGUCGUAUAAUAAUAAUUGUCAAUUUACGACCAAAGAUAGUGACAAUGACGACUAUACAGGGAGCUGUGCACACCACAAUGUUGGAGCAUGGUGGUGGUACAAGUCAUGUCAUAGCGCGAAUCUAAAUGGGCCUUAUCUGAAAGGGGUUAGUACUCAUGGUAUUAACUGGGUUGACUGCUGGGGGUUAGAAUACUCUCUCAAGAAUGUUGUAAUGAAAAUAAGGAAAAAUAUGUAAUUUCCCCGUAUUGAAUGUGUAAACUUUCUAUGUAUUACAUCAUACCACGGAUACGUUUAUUAACAAAUUUGAUUGAAACAUUAUGUUAUAUUAUCUAUAUCACAAACAAUAUAUAUAAAUAUGAUAGUGUAAUCACAAUUUUGGAAGACAGGCAUCCCUCGUGAGUAAUGAAAUCACAAAUUAUGUCAGAUCUUCUUUUAUAAAAUAAUAUACUGGGUGAUUAGUUUAUCAAAUCAGCAAUUCUUAACUUCAAACAAUUCAACGAACGUAUUUUUCCGGUUGUACUUAUUUUACAAUUUGAUCAAAAAUAUUUUAUACAUUUAUAUUAAAAAAAAUCCAUAUUGUAUGAUACAUAAUACUAUUUUAGUGUAUAUUUAGAUGUAUAGCUUGCUUUCAAUUAUUUUACAGUUUGUAUAACAGGCUGGAUAACCACUUCGAAUAAAGAUUUAAUUCCGCAUAUUAUUUGGCAAUUUAAUGAUGUAUAUACUUUUUUGGGGCGGGGGGCCACAUACGGCUUUUCACAUAAAGAUAUAUAUUGUUUGCUGGCCAACUACCACGUUUUCUUCAUAUCCUCAAUAACAGCUCCAAACGUGUUAGUCGGACAAGUAUAUUUUAUUCCGGUUAAGGGUUAGGGAAAGUUGCAUUGAGAAAUAAUCUAUCGCUGCAUAAGUUAAACGAGUCUUAUGUGCGUUAAAAGUUAAGAGUAGUGAUUGUCAGAAACAUUUUUGGUAAGUGUCAUGUGAUAAUAGCAUUGCUAUAUUUAGUACCAGUUACGAGCAAUACAGUUUUACAUUCAAGUAAAUAACUUCAUAAAGUGUGUGUUCAUGUUUGUUUGUUUGUUUGGUUGGUUUUGUUUGUUUGUUUGUUUGUUUGGUUGGUUGGUUAAUUGGUUGGUUGGUUUUGCGGCAUACCAACACAAUUACGUCAUAUAGCGCCGAAACAUAAAAAAUCGGGUGUUACACUCUUAAAGAAACACCAACGUAACAUAACCCCUUGCAAUAAUAUGUUUUGUAAUCAUAAUUCUUUGUGUAUGUUUGUAGUAAACGAUAAAUUGGUCCCUGCUUUUCAUAGGACACAUAUAUUGUUUAUUGUUUUUUUUGUGUUCUUUUUGUGCGAGCGUGCGUGCAUGCGUGUGUGUGCUUGCUUGUGUGUGUGGUGUAUGUGGUUUUUUUUCUUCUUCUUUUUCUUGUUGUUGUUGUUUUCUAUCAUAAAACGCAUUUUCUAUACUUGUCGUACAUUUAAUCAUGUAUUUAAUAUGUAAUGUGAGUCCUUUUUCAAUACUUUUUAUAAAUGUUCUUUUAUCUCACUUUAUACAGUAAAUGUGUUUGAACAAAUACUUGCAUAACAUGUAUCAAAUGUCUGAAAAUAAAACUUUUUACUGAACAUGAAAUUAAUUGUUUCACUAUUCAAAGCACAUAACGGUCCUUGGAAUAGAAAAUUAUUGUACAUGUACAUCAUAUUUUAGUUAUUUCUUAGUCAAAAGCUGGAAUAUAUAUCAAAACGAUAAAACUGUAAAAGUAUUGUUUUGCAAUAUUGAGUCAGAUAAAAAAAAAUUUCGUUAGCUUACGUAAUUAUUACAAUUAAACAAUUGAUUUUAAUGAUAGCAUAUAGUACUCGAUAAUUUAAAUCAUACAUACGGUCCGAUGGCCUAGUUGUAAGUAUUAUGGCAUAUCAGUCGCGCAGUUUCAAGUUCAAAUCCUUGUAAUAUUUUUUCGAACUAAUUAUUUUUUUAAUCAUAUGCAAAAUUAGAUGAAUAAUUUGUAUACUUUCUGGUGUCUUUAUUUUCAUAACUUUGAUACAUACAUGCAUAACUGUGUAAUUUGUCAUAAUUCCAAUAUGUUAAGUCGCGCGGUAUGUGAUUUGCGUGCCUUAAAACAUAAUACUUGAGUUUUGAAAACUAUGAAAAAGAAAACAGAAAAAAUAAUGUUUAAUUGAGAUGGUCACCUACAAUUUGAAAAUAAAAAUCUUAACUCUUCUUCACAGAG